AAGACUCUAGCUCAGGGAGAAGCAAGUUUGAAGCCACCAACCAACACCAUGAGUGAAACCCAGUACUACCUCUUCCUGUUCUUGAGUUUCCUCUCACCAGUCCUACUGAUAUUGUUUUUCAACAAUCUCUCUAAGCCGAAAAGCGGGAGCCGCCGCCUUCCGAGCCCACCCGCCCUCCCACUCAUCGGUCACCUCCACCUCGUGGGAGGGUUCUUUCACAAAUCCUUGCAGAACCUCUCCACCCAGUAUGGCUCCAUCUUCUAUCUCCGCCUCGGUUUUUAUGAGUCCAUCGUGGUCUCGUCGGCCCCCGUGGCCCACGAGAUAUUCAAAACCCAAGAUAUUGUUUUCGCGCAGCACCCCUUCCCCAAGUUAUGCUUCGGCGAUGAAUUGCCGUACGCCAAGUGUGGAUUCUUCAACGCCCCAUAUGGUGAUUAUUGGCGGUUCAUGAAGAAACUGUGCAUUAGCCAGUUGCUCUCGCCGGGACAGCUUGAACGAUCGCGGGUUGUCCGGGAGGAAGAGUUCGCCCGGUUCGUUCGUGAAUUGCUUGAGAGUGCAAAGAAAAAAGAGGUUGUGAAUUUGGGCGCCGAGCUCAUAAAGCUUACAAACAAUACUCUGUGCACGAUGGCGAUGAGCACCAGGUGUUCGGAGGAAGGUGAUAAAGCUGACAGGAUCAGGGAGUACCUGAAAACCACGUAUGAGAUUGGUUCCAAGAUAGUUCUUGGGGAUGUGUUGGGGCCCCUGAGUAGAGUUGUUUUGUGGCUGUAUGGAAAGCAGUUCACGGAAUUGCAUCUGGGGAUUGAUGGGCUUCUCGAAGGAAUAUUGAAGGAGCAUGAAGAACAUAUCGGGGAGAGAGAAAAUGAAGAUUUGAUGGAUAUAUUGUUGAAGGUCUUCCGAGAUGACAAGGCUGAGGCCAAGAUUAGCAGAAUCCAUCUCAAAUCUUUCUUAUAUGAUAUUAUCGUCGGAGGCACUGGAACCUUAGCAGAGGCCAUCGUAUGGUUAAUGGCUGAGCUCAUCAACCAUCCAAAUGUAUUCCACAAGCUCAGAGAAGAGAUAAGAUCGGUUGUCGGUAGUACUCGACUGGUUGAGGAGUCUGAUGUCGCAAAUCUCCCAUACUUGCAAGCCGUUGUAAAAGAAACACUAAGACUAUAUCCGCCAUUUCCCGUCACAACAAGACAAUGCCGCCAAAGUUGUCAGCUAGCAGGCUUUGACAUGCCCCAAAAAACUGUGGUGUUUAUCAAUUUGUAUGCCAUAAUGAGAGAUCCAGAGGUAUGGGACAACCCAAAUGAGUUCUGGCCGGAGAGGUUCUUGGUUUCUAACAAAGAACAUAAACAAGAUCGAACUGGCGGAGAAACUCUUCUUAGUUUUGGAGCGGGGAGGAGAGCCUGCCCUGGCUCAAGGCUGGGGUUAAUUAUGAUGCAUACUGCUGUUGCAGCCAUGGUUCAAUGCUUUGAUUGGAAGUUUCGUGUUGAUGGGCACAGCGGUAAGGUUAAUAUGGAAGCUGGGAAAGGUGUCUUUAUGCACUUGGCUCAGCCACUGACAUGUCUUCCGGUUGUUCACUUCAACCCCUUUGCUUCUUCGAUCUAAUUUCCUGCAAUGGCAAUGGCUUCUCGAAUCCUUCAUGUGCUUCACCUUCUCUAGUACUCCAUCUGAUGCUUAGAAAUAAGAGCAUGUGUUUAGUGUAAACACAUGCAAGGAAUCUCGAUCAUAUAUAAUGUUAAGAAUAUUAUGUUAUUAUAUAUUUAUUGUGUUUUCUAUUAGGGUUUAUUCUCUGCCUUUAUGUAAUUUAAGAUUUCUUACUUACUACUCAUUGUCUCUCUAAAAAUAAAGACUUAUAUAAUAGUGUUAAAUACACUACUUUAAUACAAUGUAGUCAUUUAUACGCU